UGUGACCGCAAUAUAUCGUAAUCUAAUCGUACUGUAAAACUAAAUUGAAAAAAAAAAGAAUAAUAUCGCUUCCAUAAAUAUUGCAAGAAUUUAAUACGACCAAAUUGAUUGUUUAGUUUCAUGAGCUGAAGCUGUGAAGUAUUAUAUGAAGGCUUCCGACGCAGGUAAAUAUUCGUCACAUGACUGGAUUUCCAGGAACGUGUUUAGUGAUGCGCGGGUGUUGGUGGCUCCAGGCGUAGUAACAAGGCAAGAUGACCGCCGUGGCCCCCGUGGAACACAGCACAGUACCCAGGGAGCUGCAGUUUAAGGUGCUCGUUAUUGGCGAGUUUGGCGUAGGGAAGACAGCUGUGAUUCGACGCUACACAGAAGGUCACUUUAGUCCUUACUACAAGCUGACCAUUGGUGUGGAUUUUGCUGUCAAGACGUUGGACUGGGAUGCCAAGACUAAAGUCACUGUCCAGCUGUGGGACAUUGCUGGGCAUGAGAGAUUUGGUCAUAUGACCCGUGUAUAUUACAAAUAUGCGGUGGCAGCUAUUGUUGUAUUUGACCUCUCAAGACCACCAACCUUUGAUGCAGUUCUUAAGUGGGUUAGUGACAUUCGUGAAAAGGUGACUCUGGGUGAUGGCCGUCCUCUACCAGUCCUUUUGUUGGCCAACAAGUGUGACAUAGAUACUAUCAGUAUACAGCCAGAAGUCAUCUCUAACUUCUGCAAACAACAUCGCAUUGAUGCCUGGUUCCUCACAUCAGCCAAAGAAGAUAUCAAUAUAGGAGAUGCUAUGAAGUGGCUUGUUGGUCGUAUUUUGGAAGUGAGAUCCAACUCUCAAGCCCCAAUGCCCAUAGUCCGAACUCUAGCUCCCGAGGAUCCACCGGAGAAGCCUACAACGUAUUGCUGCAGAUGAGGAGUUAAAAUGAUGUUAUUUUGGUGAAGCUGCACAGGUGAAGAGAACCUGAUGGUUCCAGUGGCUUUCAGGGCCCACAUUCAGGUACUUUUGAUCACCAAUCAUUUUUGACAGCAUCAGCAAUUUUUCCAAGGAAGUGUGAACCUUCUACUGGAAGUUGCAACUGAGCUGGUUUGGAGAAUCUUGAAGACUAAAAGGUUGGGCAGCUGGCAGCUUUUACUGCUAUUUGUGAUUAAGUUGAGGCAGUUCCCUUAUUAUCCUCAUUUCUUUAUUCUGUAUGUUUGGUUCAUGUAAUUUUUUAAGGAUGUGUUUGUUGUUUUUAUUGCACACUCUAGUCAUUACUGAAAAUUUUCUUAAAAAAAAUUUAAAUACCAAAAGUACAGUAUUGGAAUUAUUCUUCCAUUAAUGAUAAGUUAAUUUUAAUAGAAUAGUGCAUUCCCUAUUGAUUUUUUAUGUAAUUUAUACAGUUUACAAUGUUCACAUUUUAUACUUAAGUGCUUUAAUUACUGAUAUUUUAGAUUCCUUAUUUUUUUAGUGUUUUAGUAUUUUUUUAUUUGUGUGUUUGCCAAGUGCCUGAUCAAAACCUCAUCCGUCCAUUGUCUAGCCAGUAUUGCUGGAAAAUAUUUGCAUUAGCAACAUUGCAGUUGCUUGUUUGGUAAUUCAAAGCAUAUGUUGAGAAUAUGUGCUUUGUGGAAGUUGUGGCACUGACAGCCUUAUAUGAGGAUUGUUUUGUGCCUAGUUUUAUGCAGUUGAUGAAGUGAUAUAUCAGUAAGCUUCCCCAAAAAGCUUAAGAUUUUAAAUACUUAUAUACAUGAGUUGUUAAAUUUUAUGGAUGUAUCCUGCUGUAAAUUUUAAAGUAACAUAAUACCGAGUAAUACUUUAACAUUAGCUGAAUUUGUAUCCUGAGCUGAAAUAUUUAGUAGUACAAUGUAAUGAUAUUAAACAGAUAUUUAUACAGUAUAUACCAUUUGGGAGUAAAAUUUCUGAGGGAUACAUAAAGAUGUUUUUUGAGGAGAAUGUAUAUUUUGACUCCAUGUGUGUGAUUAUUUCCAAGAAAAUAAUCAGGUGGAUGUUAAUUCCUGUUAGAUAACAGAUGUCUGGAAUGAACCAGAUCACUUACCAGUUAAUGACAGGUCUCUUUGCAUAUAACUAGAAUCCAAUUAUAUAUUUAUAUAUACAGUAUAUAUAUACUGUAUAUAUAAAAUGAUAAAAAAGGGGUUUGGUGUAUUUUAUUUAAUAAAAUACAUAAUAAGCUGUGCUUGCUAUUUGAGACAAGGAUCUUUAAAGGUGCUGGGGAGACUAAUGUAGGCUUUAGGCUUACCUACCAUGAUAGUUGUCAUGGAACUUGUUGAUAAUUCUUCCUGCCAAGAAAAUAAAUUUAUCAUUCAGCAUAAAAAGAACUAAAGGGUGAUAUUUUAUAUUAAUGUUUAAUGUUGCUGUUGUAAGAAAAUGAAAAUAUUGCCUGGAAGUUAUGUGAUUACAAAGGUAACAAUCUGCUAAUAUAUAACUUAGUAGAUAAAUUAAUAUCCUGUAUGGUUAAAACCUGAGAAAUAUCAGUAUCUUGUGGUGGACAAACCUAAUGUUUUGUGUAAGUGCACAAAGAAUGUAGUCACUGUACAUCAUAAUGUAAUUCAGGAUACAAUUUUAUUGCACAUUACUUUUAAACAGGAGAAUCAAAUCAAAAUGAUCUUUACCAUCCUUAUAGGAUUUUUAAAAUAUUCAAUAACCUAAAUAGGUUUUGGUUCAAAUAGUGCCUCUGAUUUUGGCCUUUUGUAGCAAGUCUUUCAAGAAAGUUUGCUGAAGAUUGUACAUCUUUAUAUACAGGUAUAGUUGGAAAAUAUAUGGUUAAGCUUUCUUUGAAUAUUGUAGUUAGAGCAUUGUUAAAAUGCUUCAUCGGAAUACAUGAUUAAAUUUAUGUUUCUGAAGCAGACAUUCAUGUUAAGGUUAACAUCUGUAUGUUUGUAUGAAGAUCAAGUGCCAUUUGUCUUUUGAUACUGUUGAGUGUAUUUCUUUGUAAAUGUCUUGAUAUUGCUACAGUGGCCUGGUGAAAGAUUACCCAAGCUACAGUACAUGCUUAGUUGUAAGAGCUACUUGUUGAAUGAAGGGCAUAUUUUUAUAUAGAGUAUUAAAUUUUACUGAACUCUGAAUAAUGUUUCAUAGUUGUGCAUAUCACUGCCUAUGAUAGUUUUUCUAUGUCAUAUUGAAGUCCCAAUAUUUCUCAGUGAAAGCAAGUGGCACCAGCUUCAGUUAGCUGAGAGUACUGGUGAACCAUUACUAAACGUUCAUAUAAAAUUUCAAAGUUUAUUGUAAGUUCAUCAACCCUUGAGGGUAGGAAGAGGACCAACAUCUGAAAUGUUUAAGGAAAAUUCUGUAAGCAUCACCCACUGCAGUAAAAAAAAAAGUGCUUUAAAUUCAGGAAUGUUGUAGUCAGCAUAAUUAUUACUGCUGUAUACAGGUAUAGAUAUGAAUGAAUUCAAAUAAUUGUUAUAUCUCCUUUAAUCAUGGUCUUGUAUGUGAUUGUGUCAAAGGUUACCUUCAAUGGACAAAGAUCUGCUUGGUAGGAGUAAUCAUAUAUAGCAUUGUACUAGUACUCUUAUAAUUAAAUGUAUUUAGACAAGCGCUGUGAAAAGACUGGGAUACAAAAGUGGGCUACGAGCUAAAAAUGAUGUGGAGAAACAUAGCAACUGCUCACUAUGAAGAUUCACUCUAAUAUCAGUACAGAUCUUGGCUUUUUUUUAAGAUACACAGGUCAUUAGCUCUACCAUAGGUGCUUGCCUGUAGAGAAAUUACUUGAAUAACUGUUUCAUGACAGCUUGUAAAUAUAAGGCCCUCUUCACUGUGUUGCUAUAUAUCAAGUCAAUUAUUUCCUCUUAUGCAUCAGCAUUAAUCAAGAUGUUGUUGAGUCCUAUAUGAAAACUUUUUACAGCCUCAGAAAUCUAGAUUAUUUAAUGAAUAUAUUAGAUGACAUAGACUUCAUGAGUUGGUUGAUAUGUGCUAACACAAACAAUGAUAUCAAGAACAGUGGAGGAGAUCUCCUUCCCUUGGCAUGACCACUUCUAGUUUGGACAGUCAUUAGGCAAAUAAGCUAGGUAGCAUAAAUAUAUUAAAUUAUUGGUUUAUUGUAAACAAGAAAAUGACUAAUAUAAUACCAUAAUCAUGGAGUCUUGCAGCACUAUCUAGUACUUGCCAGUAGAUUGCAUGUACUACAUAGCAGGUGUUAUGUGAUUGAUUCCUAGCAACUUAUGUUUUUGCAAUCAGGGAUGAGAGUACUCAAUUCAUUGGUAAAAUUAAAAUAUUAAAAAAAACUGCCACACAAGAGCUGGGUGCUGGGUGUUAAAAACUGCUGCAGUGAAUGGGUUAAUAAUGUUUUUAAUAUAAAAAGAUAGUGUGGUUUGUGGACAGUAUUUGGCAACAGAGAAUUAUAUAAAUAUUCCUACUUAAGUGGUAUAUUGCUCUUUAUCGGACGAGGAUGAUAGUAUUAUUUUUCAUGUAUGAAAUUUCUGGUUGGACAUGUUUCUUCAAAGACAUCAUAAAAGAAAACUGUUGUUAAAAAUUUGAUUGGCAAAUUAUAAAUCCUGGAGUUUCAUCCUUGAAGAUUCACCAUUAAUGAAUCUUGAGGCACCAAAACUUAUGGAUUUAAAUAA